CUAUUUAUAGCCCCCUCCCUCUUUCCCCUUCUCUCAUCACCAAACCUCAUCACUUCAUCACAAAACCAAAAACAAUUUCUCUCAUAUUCAUUCUCUCCAUCCACACAAAAAAAAAAAAAGGCCAUGAGUUACCCUUUUCCAAUAUACUUCAUUCUCUUAAUAAUAACCAUCCCACGUUUAAUAUCCACUGUUGGAAAAACCGAGCAAUGGAAAUCAUCACUACCAACAGAGUUAUCCACAACAAACAACAACAUAUCUGAAAAAAUCAUAACCAACCCAAAAGCCCUUGAAGAAGCUUCAACCGACUACGGCAACCUCGUACACGAAUUACCAGCCGCGGUGUUUCGUCCGACAACUGUGAACGACAUAGCAACUCUCAUCAAGCUGUCGUUCAACAGUUCUGUCCCUUUUCGUAUAGCGGCAAGAGGACAAGGUCAUUCGACGCGCGGACAAGCCAUGGCACGUGACGGAGUCGUUGUGGACAUAAAAGGGUUAAGAGAAAGAGGAGAUGUUAGGAAUAAUAUUAAAAUGAAAAAUGUUAAUGAGGGGAUUAAGGUAUUUGGAGAUGCUAAGGUUGGAUACUAUGUGGAUGUUGGUGGGGAACAACUGUGGAUUGAUGUUUUAUAUGAAACACUUGAAUAUGGACUUGCACCUGUUUCUUGGACUGAUUAUCUUUACUUGACUGUUGGUGGAACACUCUCUAAUGCUGGAAUUAGUGGACAAACGUUUCGUUAUGGACCUCAAAUUUCCACUGUUCAUCAAUUGGAUGUUGUUACUGGAAAAGGAGAAUUUGUAACAUGCUCUAAACAGAAGAAUUCAGAACUAUUUCACGGUGUCCUUGGUGGUUUAGGACAAUUUGGAAUAAUCACAAAGGCAAGAAUAGCUCUUGAGGCAGCACCAAAGAGGGUAAAAUGGAUUAGACUUUUGUAUAGUGAUUUUACAGAUUUUACUAAAGAUCAAGAAAGUUUAAUUUUAAGCAAAAAGAGUAAAUUGGAUUAUUUGGAAGGGAUGGUGUUAAUGCAUCAAGGACCCAUAAAUAAUUGGAGAUCUUCUUUCUUCCCUUUAACCGACCAUCACAGGAUACUUUCCCUAGUUACUCAACAUAGGGUCCUCUAUUGUUUGGAAAUUGCCAAAUACUAUGAUCACCAUUCUCAAAACACUCUCAACAAGGAAAUUCAAACAUUGGUACAAGGACUAAACUAUAUCCCUGGAUUUUAUUAUGAAAAAAAUGUAUCAUUUGUUGAGUUCUUGAAUAGAGUGAGAAGUGGAGAGUUGAAGCUUCAAUCACAAGGACUAUGGGAUGUUCCUCAUCCAUGGCUUAACAUGUUUGUUCCAAAAUCAAGAAUCAUGGAUUUUAAUCUAGGUGUUUUCAACAACAUAAUUCAAAAAAGAAACAUCACCACAGGACCUGUCUUAGUUUAUCCAAUGAAUAGAAACAAGUGGGACAGUAAGAUGUCAGCAACAAUACCAGAUAAUGAGGAUGAAAUAUUUUAUGCCGUUGGAUUUUUGCACUCAAGUGGAUUUGAUAACUGGAAAGCCUUUGAUGCACAAAACAUAGAAAUUUUGAAAUUUUGCAAAGAUGCUGAAAUUAAGUAUAAGUUAUAUCUUCCCCACUACAGCACACAGGAAGAGUGGAGAAACCAUUUUGGACCUAAAAAAUGGAAAAGUUUUGUACAAAGAAAAUAUGAGUUUGAUCCAAGAAUGAUUCUAUCACCUGGACAAAGAAUCUUCAACAAUAAUUAAAACCAUAAAAUAUUUAUGAUGGGACUGCAUGCAUAGCUGGAUCAUCAGAGGUGUAUAUGAUAUGAUCUAAAUUCUAAACCUUUGAUGAGAAUCUGAAUCAUAUAGCUUUUUUUUGUACUUUGGAAUUUAAUUUUGGUAGAGGGUGGGGUUAUGUGUGCUGCAUGAAUUUGGCACAUAUAUAAAUCAGGUUAUUCAUACCUUAGAUAUGUUAGGUUGACACAAUCAUUUGUAAAAUAUGCACAUAUCUAGCUGUAUCUUUUUUGUUCUCUCUCUGUAGUACAUAUUAGUAUUCUCUCUAAUAAUUAUUAUAAAUUUUUUCACUUUUUAAA